AUGAGCUCUUCAAACAUGGACCUGGACACGCCCGAGGACACCGGGUCACAGCAGAGCCAACCACAGCGCGCAAGUAUCCCGGCGACCUUCACACCACCGCAUUCCACCAACAACACACCCCAGUGCACAAACAGCGGCGGGCCAGGGGCACCAGUUGCGUCCCCAUAUGGGGGUUACCGCGUUAAUGACAGCGCCGGACCCGAGUCUCCAGCUAUUAUUGGCGGCAGCGGUAGCAGCAAUAUCCAUGCCUCGUAUGUCGACUAUGAUCGUGAUUACGAUAUGGAGCAGGACUUUGGCGGGUUUGCCGAUUUUACUGACGAUGUGCGUAUGCGCAACUCUGGUAAGGGGCAUCGGUUUGGUGGUGGCAGUGGCGGUGGCGGCCAUGGUGAGGAGGUAAAUGAGGCUGAGAGAAUUGUGCAUUGCGAUUUCUUCAAUAAUUUUGGCAACGACUGGAUGAAUCUACAGUGA